CCCCCGCCCUCUCAUCCCUCUCUGUCAUCAUCCCCUCUGACUUCUUCAUGUCCGACCAGGCAGAACUCCUCAGGAAGCGCCGCGAGGCCCGCCAGAAAAAGAUUCUCGCAUCGGGCGAGUCGCGGUUGAGCAAGAUCACAGGCACAGCAGGAACGAGCACACAAGUCGCUCCUUCCCCCGCAGUCCUCCAGGCUAGAGAGCAGCUCUUGAAGAAGGAGCAGGAGGAAGAGAGAUUAAGGAGCUUAAAGGCUGCUGGAGUAGCAGAUCCCAGCUCUGGCGAUGCCAAUCUUCAGUCUACGGACACGUCCGGCGCAACCCAACUGAUGGAUGAAGAGGACGAGGACGUCCUCAUCCCAGCGUCGCCUUCGUUGCGCGCUGCUGCCAACAGGACAACCCGCCAACGAUCCUCAUCAUCGACCUCUACCGCUACUACUACUACAACCACCACUAAUACCGCUGCAGGAACAUCAAAACCAACCCCUGCCACUGUGCAGCCUGACCAUGACGCAGAUCCGGAUGAUUCGUUGGGCGCGCCUUCAGCACACGUCUUCUCGUCUUUUGGUGCCUCCAGUGCUACUCAAAGCCCCUUCGGAAACAACCCAUUCUUCUCUCCUCAGCACCAGCAAGCAUUAACGAGGAUGAUGCAGGAAGAGAACGGCUCUGGAAACGGCAGCAAGGCGUCCGUAACGCAGCAACAGACGCCGUUCGGGAAUGUGCCUCCAGGAUUCACAGUGAUCACGCCUCAGGUCGAUCAGAUGGCUAGGUGGUGGAAGCUGCUUCAUUUUGUCUUGUCGGUGUUUUUCGCACUCGGCGUUGUAUAUAGCGAGUACAAUCGGCAUGGAGAUCUGGAUCGGUUUGAGUCCUUGGCGGUCGACAAGCCCUUGCAAUACGGAGUGUAUCAAGUUGCGCAGAUCCCUAUGUUCUGGUACUUUGUGACCAUGGAGUUGAUGUUGCAGUCGGCAAGGAUGUAUUUGCAGGGAAUAACAGCAUCGCCCAGCAGUACGCUGGGCACCAUUGCAGGAUUCUUGCCGUCGCCAUUCUCGGAUGUGGUUCGCGUGUUCAUGCGUUACCGUCUUAUCUGGACAUCAAUGGCGAAUGAUAUGUCGGUCAUUGUCUUUAUCAUCGGAAUGACCAUUGCUCUGACACACAUGUUUUCUUGAACAGACAAAGAGGACGUGUUUUAGAGGAGGGGAGGCACUGUUUCCAGUUGUAGUUGACUUGGUCGUAAUACAGUAGCACCACUGGCGCAAUUACUGCAUAUUUGCAUUGGCACUGGCAUUAACAUUGACAUUGACAUAUAAUAAAAGGUUAGAAAAGCA